AUGUCAUCACACGCCGUCUCCCUUCAAAGCCGUCAACCAUCGUCCUCCCCUUCACCCAGCACUCAACAAAGUGGCAAAUUAGGACUUAUCGGCCAUUGGAUUACUCACGAUUCGACUACUGGAGAAUUAUACAUCGUUGAUAAAUGGUUUGAUUUCAACCGUUACGAUUCUCAGACCGUCACUGCGAACAUUUCUAAUAUGAAUGAAGAGUCCGAAGGCUUAAUUCAAAGCGCUGGACUGGAACGAAUCCGUCAUUUCCCCAAUUUCACGGAAAAUCAAUUAGACGACAAGGAAUGUGAUGCAGCGGAGAAACUCAGUUCCGCUUGUCAGACUUUCAACUCCGAUUCUUCGAAGGUAUUUUCCCACAAAGUUUGA